AUGGAGGACUUUGUGGAGCAUAGGAUCUAUGAGAAGAAUGACAAGGUGGCCGGCACGUGGCUGGAGAAUACGUACCCAGGUGUUGCGUGUGACGUCCCCGCGCAUAUCUACUGCUUCCUUUUCGAACCGAACCCAAACUGGAGCAAGUUCUACGCCCCCGGUCAUGAGAUCCGUGAAUACAUCGAACGCACAGCGGCAAAGUACGACCUGGCCAAGAACAUAACGUUUCAUUCGAGGGUGACCGAGACGAUCUGGGACGAUCCUGCGGGAAAAUGGCGGUUGAAGGUGGAGAACACCCAGACUGGGGAGGUGUUUGAAGAUGAGUGUGAUAUCUUUGUCGAUUGCACUGGUGUCUUACAUCACGCAAUCAUGCCAGAGAUCCCCGGCAUCGAUGCGUUUAAAGGACAUCUGGUCCAUACGGCUCGUUGGGACUCGUCUUACGAUUAUGUAGGGAAAAAAGUGGGCAUCAUUGGGAAUGGUUCCUCGGGAAUACAGGUCCUGCCACCCAUGCAGAAGACGGUUGGUGAUUCGGGGCAUGUCUACAAUUUUAUUCGUUCGCCCACCUGGAUCACCGUGGGCAACCUUGCACACUUGACACCGACCAAGGACGGGCAGAAUUUUGAGUACUCGGAGGCGCAAAAAUCUCUCUUCGCCAGCGACCCCAUCGCGCUCCGCGACUACCGCCGCGAUAUGGAGAAUAGGUUCGACCGCGGUCUCGAGAUGUACUUCAAGGGCAGCAAGAUGCAGGCUGCGCUUCUCCAUCACACUCGCAAGGACAUGGCCCGGAAGCUUAAAGGCAACCCUGAGCUGUUGAAAGCAAUGACUCCCAGCUUCGACAUCGGCUGCCGCCGUCUCACCCCAGGGCCCGGGUAUCUCGAGGCUAUUCAGGAGCCCAAUUGCACUCCCAUCUUCGACAAAAUCAAGGAGAUCAAAGAGAACGGAUUGCUGCUGGAGAGCGGCAUUUUCAUGAAGCUCGAUGCGAUCAUCUGUGCUACCGGCUUCGACGUCUCCGGCCGGCCACGUUGGAGGACUAGCGGGAAGGAUGGGAAGUCCCUCGAGAAGAUGUGGGAGCACGUUCCUGAGGGCUACCUGGGUAUCUGUGCUCCGUACAUGCCGAAUUACUUCAAGUUCGGCGGCCCCAAUGCGCCGGUCUCGCAUGGAGGUCUCCUCCCGGUCAUGUCGGAUGUGGCGGAUUAUGUCUGCAAGUGGGUGAGCAAGAUCGCUAGAGAGGAUAUUCGCACGGCCACCGUCAAACCCGAAGUCGUAUCUGACUGGAACGUUUACGCCCAAGAAUUCCUCAAGAGGACGAGCUGGUCCGGUAGCUGCAGCUCUUGGUACAAGAACCACCAGACCGACGGCCCCGUGACGGCGAUGUAUCCUGGCUCGCAGAUCCACCACAGGGAGUUCACUCAGGAUGUGCGCGGCGAGGAUUUCAACAUUGAAUAUCGCUCGGCGAAUAGGUUCAGGUUCUUUGGCGAUGGGUUUACGAAAAGGGAGAAGGAGGGGGGUAACCUGGCGUGGUAUAUGGAGAAGUAG